CGAGACCAGAAAAUACAGCAAGUAGCAACAAGAAGAUAUCAUCUAAAAAUGGCCGGGGUUCGGAUUCCGCGAGUGAAACUCGGAACUCAGGGUCUUGAGGUUUCGAAGUUGGGUUUUGGCUGCAUGGGACUCACGGGUCUUUACAACGAUCCUGUCCCGGAGGAAGUCGGCAUAUCGAUCAUCACCGACGCGUUCGCCAAGGGGAUAACAUUCUUCGACACGUCGGAUAUCUAUGGACCCAAAAUCAAUGAGAUUCUUGUUGGAAAGGCAUUGAAGAAGUUGCCGCGGGAGGAGGUACAGUUAGCCACCAAAUUCGGAGCGGUGAAAAUGGAAGCGGACAAUGUCGUGAUCAAGGGGACGCCUGAAUACGUCCGCUUGUGCUGUGAGUCGAGCCUCGAGCGCCUUGGGGUCGAAUAUAUUGAUCUCUAUUACGUGCAUCGGAUUGACACGUCAGUCCCGAUAGAGGAAACUAUGGGGGAACUGAAGAAGUUGGUGGAAGAGGGAAAAGUGAAGUACAUCGGCUUGUCGGAGGCUAGCCCCGACACCAUACGGAGAGCGCACGCAGUUCAUCCCAUCACGGCCUUACAGAUGGAGUGGUCGCUCUGGACUCGCGAAAUUGAGCAGGAAAUCGUGCCGCUCUGCAGGGAGCUCGGAAUCGGCAUCGUUCCGUAUAGCCCUCUUGGUCGUGGGUUCUUCGGUGGCAAGGGAGUCACAGAAACUGUGCCUGCUAAUAGUUUUCUGAGAAUUUUUCCUAGGUUUCAAGCAGGGAAUUUGGACAAAAACAAGGUUCUUUACGCACGAAUGGAGAAGUUAGCGAAAAAGCACAAUUGCACCCCUAUACAGCUUGCACUCACGUGGGUUCUCCAUCAAGGAGAUGAUGUUGUGCCCAUCCCUGGAACGACGAAAAUUAAGAAUCUUGAUGAUAACAUUGGUUCAAUGAGAGUGAAGCUUACGGAGGAAGACGUGAAAGAGAUCUCAGAUGCUGUACCGAUUGAUGACAUUGCCGGCGAUAGGGUCAAUGAGCACUAUGUCCGCUACUUGUGGAAAUACGCGAACACGCCCCUGAGAGAUGGGAAACCGUCCGCUUAUUGAACUUCUUUUGAAUGUGUUGAUGAAGCUGUUAGUAAUUAAACUAAAUUCAUGAAUGUCCUGCAUGCAUGCAUGUUGACUGUUCAUGUUUCUAUGUCUAUUUUAAUAUUUUGUAAAUUCAGGGAAUCCAUUUCCUUGAAAUGCUAGAUGCAUAUAUUAGUUAUUUAAGAUUAAGAAUAAUGUAACAAGCCUAUAUAAAAGCAAGUCUUCUAAUCAUUUCAUAAGGAGAAAUAAAAACAAAGAAAGAGAAAAGGCUUAUUCGUCUCCUUCUCUUGAUUAGAGUCAAGUUGAGUGAAUUGCAAGUGUUUCACCUUCAAAUUA